AUGCCGCCCAAAACACUUCUUAGCCUGUCAAAAAAGAAUCCUCUCGCGGGCGGAGGGCAAAAGCGCAAAAAAGCCGUCUUCGACUCCGACUCCGACACCGAUGAGCGCGGCGGCGCCACAAACGAGACCGAAAUCACGACGAUAGGAGGAAUUGAACUCGAUAGUGAAUCCGUCACGCAGAAAAAACCAUUGCAAACAGAGAACGAGUCUGAGGAACGCCCCGCAAAGCGCAAAGUCGUUCCGCUGGGGCAGGGCGCGAAACCGAAGAUAAAACCCUUGAGUAAGACGUCGAUUUUCGCGGAUGAGGAUGAUGAAAAAGAGGAUGGAAAGACAGAGACCACGUACGGCUUAAACAAUGCGCCUGCGAAACGAGACCAGAAACAAGAGCGGGAACGGGAAUACACGAACCUCUCAGCGCUGCACAGCAUGAAGAAACAUGCAUCCGAGGCACAGGAUCUCGACCCCUCAAUAUACUCAUACGACGCCGUAUACGAUAGUCUACAUGCGAAGCCGGAGAAGAAAAAUAAAGCGAACGCAGAUGAAGAAAGUGUGCCAAAAUAUAUGACUUCUUUGCUACGGAGCGCGGAAAUCAGGAAACGGGACCAGUUGCGCGCGAGGGAUAGAAUGCUAGCGAAGGAGCGCGAGGCCGAGGGUGACGAAUUUGAUGAUAAAGAGAAGUUUGUGACGAGUGCGUAUAAGGCGCAGCAGGAGGAGUUGAGGCGAGUUGAGGAGGAGGAGAAAAAGAGGGAGCAGGAAGAGGAGGAGCGGCGGAAGAAGAACGGUGGGACGGGCAUGGUUGGGUUCUACCGCGACCUGUUGGCGCGCGGUGAAGAGCAGCAUGAUGCUGCUAUGAAGGCGACGGAGGAGGCGGCAAGGAAGAUCCAGGAGAAUGGUGGUGAGGUACCGACGGAUACAACGCAAGAGGACGAAAAGACCGAGGCACAAAUCGCAGCAGAGCUAAACGCGCGCGGUGCUCAUAUUGCCGUCAAUGAUGACGGGCAAGUUGUUGACAAGAGACAGCUGCUCUCCGCCGGUCUGAAUGUUGCACCUAAGCCGAAAAAUGCUGCACCUGCCGCGGCGCGGACGACAGCUGGUGCUGGCACCGGUCCCACGUCACGGGACCAUUCUCGACAGGCUGCUGGACGUGCUGGACAGCGUGCCCGUCAGACCGAAAUGAUUGCACAACAACUAGAGGAACAGGAGCGUCAACGCCAGGAGGCCGAAGCAGCCCGGCAGAAGGAGAUCGCGGAGCGCAGUCGCAGUCACAAGUCGGCUACGGAGGUAUUAAGUGCGCGCGAGCGGUAUCUUGCGCGCAAGAGGGAGCGAGAAGCGGCGAAGGGCUCGUAGAGCCUUCACUUUCCUUUAUGUGUCAUUUUUGGGGUAAUCGUUGUUUGCACGAAAGGUGUUGGAGUCCAUUCAAAAUAUAAAGCUGGCGUCUUACAGCGAAUUCCUUCUAUCGAGCAUAUGAGUUAGUCUAAACUAAUGUACUUUUAUCGUUUCCGUGACUGCAGUUCUAUCGUAAGUAUGAAUGGUAUCGUCACUCGUUAUG